AUGGUUUCGACGUGGGCAUUGAGGCGGAUGACCAUGGGGAUAUCCUGUUGCUGGAGUUGGAUGGGCUCAAGGGUGCGAAAUGGGUGCAACUCAAAAGCCGCAGUCACACCAAGAAAUCCCCCAACGGCGUCGGCACCGGGUGCGGGCCACGAUGCGUCCUCCACGGGCACUGAUGUCGCGCAACGCAGCAAGGGCAAGGCUCGAAGUUCCAAUCGGAUGGACGCUGGCAUUGCCCCAGCUCCUCAAACAUUGAAAAGCGAUGUUGAUGAGCCCAUGGCCGUAGACAUUGUCAAAGACAUCCGAUCGGUCCCUGGUGAGAAAAAGGGCGGUGCAGAACGACCACAGGCAGGGGGGGAAGAUUCUGGGGAGCCAACCCCCAAGGAACGACGACACGCAGCGAAACGAAAAACGCGCGGCUCUGUGGCAGCGAAGGUGGCAAACGCGGAGGCGAACAACGGUGAUUCAGAGAACAAUUCGUCCACCGAACCUCCUGCCCUGGCAGGAUCGAGGGCAUCAGCGGCCGGUGCUAUAAGCGAUCGAGGUACCACAACCUCAGAUCCUAAGCGCACAUCAAAGCGUUCCCACAAGACCGAAGAAUAUGUCGCACCCGAAGAGCACUUUACGCCAUUUCCCGGAGCCGACCACGCGUUCCCAUGCGUGACGAUACCCCGCCCAACCGGCAACGACACCCCUGACUGGCGAUGCGGCCUUUGCCGCACCCAAGACUCUGAAUGCAUCUUCUUUCCCCUUGUGAAUAGCACCUGUGAGGUAUGCAAAACCGCCGGCAAGAAGUGCGACCUUGGAGACAUGUCGGCACAGUCCUCGGGCUUCCUAGCUGGCUACUGCGCUUUCCGUGCUGGGGUGCAGCUGGCAAAUCCCCACAUAUACCCGAAUCCAGUCAUCCGGUCAGCCGUUUGGUCGCUCGAAGUAGAUUCCGCGAAGGUGCCGACCUGGUUCAAAACUUGGCGCCGGGUGCAGCUCCCGACAGGAACAGAUCGCGCAGCCAAGCGUAGGGAGGCUUUGCUGCAUCGUGAAGCCGCCUCGCUGCACAGAAACGAUGUUGCGCCUAUUGAAGACCUUGGCGAAGCAGCGGUUGGACUGCUCAACUAUCUGGGUGAUCCACCUGCCCUGGAAGACUCUGAGUUUCGCAACGAUUCCGGUGAAGAAGAAGAGUCCGACGACGAACCAAUCUUCCUUCAACCGCCUGCGAAAAAAUCUCGAACGCAAAAUCCGAGUGGGUCCGCAAAACCGCCCGCACACGCAGUUGCUUCCCGAAAUCAACCACCGCCUCCGCCCCAUACCAUUGAAGAGCUACGCAGUCGGAUUGCGGUCAGGCCUCCAGCGAGCUCAGCAUCUGUGCCGCGUGCGAUGUAUGAUGCCCUUGUCCAUCGAGUUGAAGCCCUCGAGCGAGAAGUGGCACGGAUGCGAGGCAUGGAGGUGGAGGUUGCGAGGAUGCGUGGGCAGCUCGACGGCAUGCUCCAUCCUGUUGACUUCGGCCAAAGCCGUUCCUCCGGGUCACUGUGGCACGGCUCCCGCUCGCCGAGUCUUACACUAGGAACCUCCGCUGGUGAUCCUGUCGGCCACCCAGUCGGCCCCGGCUCGUUUUUCUCUACAGGCGGUCCCCGCGCGUCCCUCCUCAGUCGAGCGACGUCUCUACAAAACUCCCCGGUGGCGACUCCGCCGCAACUAUCGGCCGCCACUUCGCCUUCGCCUUCUGCACUCGGACUUCCGCCAUCGACGGCGACCACGGCAUCAAGAUCGGCCUCUGUGUCUUCCUCGCGCGAGCAGUCCAGUGGGCGCGGUGCUUCGCCAGCCUCGACCCGCAGUGGCGCCUAG